GUUGGCCGCUGCAGAGCAACACCCCGGCGUCCCUGGAAGCGGGGAGCCGGGGUGGUACUGGGGAAGCUGCGCGGACCCGGGAGCGGUCGUCCAGUGCCUCCCGGGGCGGGGGGGCAGCACGGAGCCCGAUGAGGGGCUUGAACUCAGACACCGCGGAUCACGACCUGAGCCGAAACGAGUCGGACGCUUAACUGACUGAGCCACCGAGGCGCCCCUGGGAAAACAAUUUCUACCUAUUUGAGAGGAGGAGGGGGUCUCCAGGACGUAGGUGUUCGAGCCCAUACCAAUCAUGGCCGGGAGACCCAUCCGCAUAGGAGACCAGCUGGUUCUGGAGGAAGAUUAUGAUGAGACCUACAUCCCCAGUGAGCAAGAAAUUCUUGAAUUUGCCAGAGAGAUUGGUAUUGAUCCCGUCAAGGAGCCGGAACUGAUGUGGCUGGCGCGGGAGGGCAUUGUGGCCCCACUGCCCGUGGAGUGGAAGCCCUGCCAGGACAUCACAGGUGAUAUUUACUAUUUCAACUUUGCCAAUGGGCAGUCCACGUGGGACCAUCCAUGUGACGAGCACUAUCGGAACUUGGUGAUCCAAGAGCGGAGGAAGCUGUCAACUCCAGGAGCCGUUAACAAGAAAGACAAGAAAAAGAAGAAGGAAAAGAAAGACAAGAAGGACAAAGAGACCUCCAAAGGUCUGCUGGAGACACAGCCUGAGCAGGGACUUCUGCCGCCUCCUUCCUUUCUCCGCGGCCCAUCCCCUCUCCCAGCACAUGGCCUUGCUGAUCUGGACCUAGACCAAGAGAUGCAGGCUAGAAGCGAGGGCUCCUUUAAGAAAGGGAAGAGCCCAUGCAUGCUGGGUGACAUCCCCUCGCCUCUCCUGGGCACCCUGCCCAGCAAGCUUCAGCCACUCUCCAAGGGCCAAGCUUCCCGAACCCACCACAUCUUUGCCGGCGUGGAGAAAAUCUUAGGCAGGGCCCGAGCCCAGUGCAGAACAGAAUUGGGUGAUCAGCAGGGUCUGGGGAAACCCCAGAAGCCGACAGAGAAAAUCUACCUGGGGUUUUCAGACCCUGAAAUAGAAGAUCUGGAACUGAGGACCAGACAGCAGAAGCCCAGUGCUCUGGGCCCUGAGAAUACCCGGCCCCUCCAGAAUGGGCAGGAUGUGCUGGAGAGCAGGUUCCAGGCCUCUGUCCACUCAGAGCUUUCUGAAACCAUCAGAGGUUUGGGCCACAUGGCCAAACGGGGCUCCACUGGCCCCGGUGGGGACAAGAGCCAGAGCCCCGUUCGCUCACCAUCCCCUGAGGAGGAGCCCUCCGGGUCCCCCUGUUCCUCUGACCACAUGCUGCCUACCAGGAAGAACCCGCUGCUCUUGUUAGAUCAUGGCCCAGCUGAAGGCCUGAGCUGGCAGGGAGUUUCUGGAGAAGGUGGGAGUAGGGGCAGGGGGAGGAGGAGAAAAGAGCCCCCAGGACCGUGGAUGAGACAGGUGUCCAAGCUUGUCGACAAGGAUACCCCCGGCAGCUGCAAGGAGACAGAACCCAGUGACCCUGAGGCUCCAGGGGCCUCAGCUAAAGAUCCACCUCGGGAACUCUUCCUAUUGCAACCUGACCGGCUGGCGUUAGAGCCGGCCCAGAGUGCCCCUUCAGGGAGUUCCCCGGGAGGGUACCCUACAAGUGAGAAGAGACAACCCCCAGGGUCAACAGACCCCCCCGAAGAAGACAGGAAGCCUGGUGGGUCUGAGCCUGACUUGGAGAGCAGCAGCCUGGCUUCUCACCUUGGCUCUCAGAUCCUGGGUGAGGUGCAUAACCUCCUUUGGGACCUGCAGAGCUCUCAGGGAUCUGGGCGGGGCAUGGGUCAGGCGGGUCCCGACCUGAGAGAUCAGCACUCCAGCCCCUUUCUAGCGUUCCAGGUGUCCCCCAUGCAGGGGUCUACUGAUGAGUGUUCUGAGAGCGAAGACUACUCUGAGGAUCAGAGGUUCUACCAGCACAUCCUGCAUAUGGUCAAGAUCUCCAGGCAGCUGGAGGGCCUGGGGCUGCCCGAGAGCACGCAGGAGAUGCCACAUAAAGACAUUGCCAGCAGGGUCUGUUGCAUGGCAGCUGAGUCUUCCACGAUAUCUAGUGAGGGUGAGCACGAGGCCAUCAGAACCAUGGAGAGGGACGCGAGUUUUCUGACUUGUGGCCCGGAGGUGCUGGCGUGUCCUGUGGAGGCGGCUCUUGCCCCUGCUGGGCAGGAGGCCCGUCAGCAAGCCGGUUUCCAGCCAAGCAGCAGCCCCCUCAGGCAGGGGCUAGUCGAGCUGAGUUCCAACAGAGGGCUUGCUGCAGAGUCAGGCACGACGCAGCUUCUCAACCAGGCCCCGGGCUCCUCAUUAGCCCCAGUCCACGUCCCUCUUGGGGGCCUGGCUCCCUUAAGAGGCCUUGUGGAUGCCCCGGCCUCUGCUCUUCGUGGAUCGCAAAGCGUGAGCCUGGGGAGCUCAGCGGAAUCUGGUCAGCUUGGAGAACUCACGCUGCCUCCACAGGGUCUCAAGACUUCUGCUUACACAAAGGGUCUCUUGGGCUCCAUCCAUGAGGACAAGAAAGCCCUCAGCCUCUUGGCUUUAGGGGAGGAGACCAACGAGGAGGAUGAGGCAGAGAGUGACAACCAGAGUGCCCGCAGCUCAAGUGAGCUUCUUAAGAACCUGCACCUGGACAUUGGGGCGCUGGGGGGUGAUUUUGAGUAUGAGGAGUCUCCAAGAACAAGCCAGCCAGAGGAGAAGAAGGAUGCUUCUCUGGAUUCAGAGGCUGCCGGGCCCCCCACUCCCGGCAAGCUCUUCAGCCAGGAUGCAGACAGCAGUCUGAGCAGUGCCGAUGGCACAGGGCAGCAGGGAAGAGGGGCGAGCGCGUGGCUCCUGGAGAAAGAAAAGGAUGAGAAGAGUGAUUCAGGAAUACCCAGGAGUGGGGUGGACCCUGGGGGCAGUCAGCCUGCCAAAGCCAACAAAAAGGAGGCCCCAGAGGCCCCAGCGGAUGUAGGAGAGGAGGGUUCCAGGAAGGGAGAGGUGGAAGGAGGCGCCGAAGGAGGAAGGAGGCGGAAGGAGGAGCCCAAGGAGGAAGCCUCUGUCCAGAAAGAGAGCAGAUCGGACGCCAGCGAGGAGUUGGAGAUCAGCGAGCAGGUGAAGGAGCUGCAGCUGUCAGACUCCAUGGCCUCUGACCCCAAGUCCUUCCUGGAACUGGACUUCGGUUUUCGCAGCCGGAUCUCAGAGCACCUGAUGGAUGUUGACGUGCUUUCCCCAGUCCGCCGGGACGGGAGUCUCUCUGGAUGCUGGGCCCAGAGGUUGGGAAGAGAAGACAAGGAUGGCAGCCAGUCCAGCCAAGAUGAGCCACAGAGCAAGCGGUGCAAAGGCUCGGAGAGGUCCUCUCCUCCCCUUGUGCCUGGGAGGCGGCUCCAGAGUCCCCUUCAGAGCCAGGCCACUGAAGAAGGGCCUCCGGAGGCCUCUGAGGGGCAGCCUGAGCAGAAGCGGGCAGAGGAGCCCGGGGAGGACUCUGCAGGCAGCUCCAUCCCUGCCGGUUCCCUGAGGAGGGAAGAGACCCCAAGCCCACCUGUCGCCCCCGCGAGGGGCAGGGAGCAGCGCUCCGGGGCCGAGGAGCCUGAGGAGGGGGCGGCCAGCCCUGCCGCACCAGCCUCUCCAGAGGUAGAGAAGAGGGCGUGCCACACCAUGCCAGGCCACCUGGGGGAUGACCAGGGUGUGUCAGGAGGCAGAAGAGGCGAGAAGGGAGAGCACAGCCUAGAGCCUUUGUUGGGGUUUCCCGGGGAAGGAAUAGGCGAGGCAGGGCAAGCUGCGGAGCCUGCAACUCCCCCAAAGCAGGCUUCCCUGAGGGCCAUGGAGGAGGCCGUGGCCCACGACCUGGAGCAAGACCAGAGGCGGCUUCUGGAAUCGAAACGAGAGAAGAUUCAGCAGCUCCGGGAGAAGCUGUGGCAGGAGGAGGAAGAGGAGGUCCUCCAGCUUCACCAGCAGAAAGAGAAGUCUCUCAGUUCCCUGAAGGCGCAGCUGCGGAAAGCCACCGAGGAAGAGGAGACUCGGAUGAGAGAGGCGGAGAGCCGGCGGCUGUCCCAGCUCCUGGCCCAGGUGCAGUCCCAUGUGGAAGCAGAUGAGAGCCAGAUCAGGGCCGAGCAGGAGGCUUCCCUGCAGAGGCUGAGAGAAGAGUCGGAGUCUCUCCAGAAGGCCGAGAGGGCCAGCUUGGAGCAGAGGAACAGACAGAUGCUGGAGCAGUUCAAGGAAGAGAUGGAGGCCUCGGAGGAGAGAGAGCGGGCUUCCCUGAAGGCCGAGAAGGAGAGGGCUCUGCAGCAGCUCAGGGAACAGCUGGAGGGCGAGAGGAAAGAAGCAGUGGCAGCACUGGAGAGUGAGCACCGAGCUGAGCUGGAGCGGCUCUCUUCCUCGCUGGAGGCCAAGCACAGAGAGGUUGUCUCCAGCCUCCAGAAGAAGAUGGAGGAGGCCCAGCAGAGGGAGGAGGCCCAGCUGCAGGAGAGCCUUGGUCGGGCAGAGCAGAGGGCUCAUCAGAAGGCUCACCAAGUGUUCCAGUACGAGCAAGAGCUCAGCGACCUCCUGCGAGAGAAGCGCCAGCAGGUGGAGAGGGAACACGAGAGGAAGAUGGACAGGAUGAAGGAGGAGCACCAGCAGGUGCUGGCUGAGGCCAGAGAGCAGUACGAAGCCGAGGAAAGGAAGCAGCGGGCUGAACUCCUGGGACACCUGACCUGUGAGCUGGAGCGCCUUCGAAGGUCACACGAGCGUGAACUAGAGGCCGUGAGGCAGACGCAGGAUAGGCAGCUGGAGGACUUACGGCGGCGGCACCGGGAGCAGGAAAGGAAACUCCAAAAUUUAGAGGUGGAACUGGAAACCAGAACCAAAGAUGUCAAGGCCCGAUUGGCUCAGCUGGACAUCCAGGAGGAGACUGCCCGAGUGGAGAGGCAGCAGCUCCUUGAAGUGCAGAGGCAGGUGGCGCUGGAGAGCGAGGAAGCCACAGCCAACCAUCAUCACCUGGAGGAGGCAAAGAAGGAGCACACCCAUCUGUUGGAGACAAACCAACAGCUCCGAAGAAUUCUCGAUGAGCUUCGGGCCCACAAGUUGGAGCUAGAGUCCCAGGUGGAUGUGCUGCAGACCCAGAGGCGGAGGCUGCAGAAACAAGUCAGCGACCUGGAGGCUGAAACUCAGAGGAAGCAGGAGGUGUUGAAUGAGCUGGCAGCUAAGGAGAGCAAUGCCUCCUCACGUGUUGAGCCAGAUCUCCACAUUGAGGACCUGAGGAAAUCCCUUGGGACAAGCCAGACCAAAGAGGUAUCCUCUUCUCUCCCCCAGAGCAAGGAGGAGACCGACUUAUCCUUGGACAGCGUCCGACACUACCUCUCUGCCGAGGGGCUAGCCCUCCGCAGUGCCAAGGAGUUCCUGGCGCGGCAGACGCGCUCCAUGCGGAGGCGGCAGACGGCUCUGAAAGCCGCCCAGCAGCACUGGCGCCAGGAGCUGGCCGGCGCUCAGGAAGCCGCCCAAGAUCCACCGGGCACCAAGGCCCUGGAAGACGUGCGCAAGGACUUGGAGGAGGAGACCCGGCACCUGGAUGAGAUGAAGUCGGCCAUGCGGAAGGGCCACGACCUGCUGAAGAAGAAAGAGGAGAAGCUGAAUCAGCUGGAGUCCUCUCUUCUGGAAGAGGCCCCAGAUGAGGACAUUCUGAGAGGCGCCCCCCCCAAGAAGGUGGUGACCUUUGACCUCAGCGACACUGAAGACAUGAGCAGCGCAAGUUCUGAAUCCUGCCCCCUGUCUCACCUCAACCUGACCACAAGUGCCACCUUCCCCAACAAGAUCUACUACUUGAGCAGCUCGCUGCAGCGCAUCAGCAGCCAGCUGAAUGGUGUCCUCAGCAUGCUGGGCAGCCUCAACCCGCAGCUGCCACUGCCUCUCUUCACUUCCACGCCAGCGCACGUCCUGCCCCGGGCCGCUGGGAGCACCUCCAUUCCUGCCUGCCCCUCCCGGCUCUCACCCUCGCCGCUGGCUACACCCUCAUCCACCCAGUGGGCCUGGGACCCGGGGCUGGGCCCCAGGCUCUCCUCCUCCGCGGCUCAAACAGUGGAUGACUUCCUGGUGGAGAAGUGGCGCAAAUAUUUUCCAGCUGGAGUACCAUUCCUCAGCACCGGCCCUGCCCCCCUGGAGAACAGGCUGGGUUAUGUGUCGGCCAGCGAGCAGUUGCGGCUCCUGCAGCGGGCCCAUCCCCAGGUCUCCGAGGUGGGCAGCACCGACGUCCAGCGCCUGAUCGAGGCUAACCGAAAGUGGCUACAGCGUUACAAGAAUGACCCCAAGUCACGUCUCUUCUCUUCAGGGCCCAGGCUGGCAGCCUCUUCUGACUUCCUGCAACUGGGCCUGGAUGAGAACAACAGGCUGAAGGUGUAUCACUACUGAGGCCCUGAGCCUCUCCUGCACCCAGACCAAGUGCCUGAGGAGCUGCCUGUGCUUUCUUCCUUCUGAGAAAGCAUCGUCCUCCCCCGUUUGCCAGCUUCCCCACUCAGAGGAGCCACGGGGGCCGGAAACCGUGAGCUGCCCCCCUGAGACCAUGUCUCUCAGGCUGCAAAGUGUGAACUUCUGUGAGCUCCUGUGUGGACGAGGAACACUGGUGGGGGGGUUAUCGGCUCCACGGGCCCCUCCAGGGGAGGAGGAGGGAUUAAAGGAGUUGCCUUCCAAGGGCCUCCCUUGGGAGCACAGUUGAUCCCUUGGACCCGCAGGGCACUCAGUGCUGUGGUUCUGUGGGUGUGGUCCUUAAUUUACCAGAACAAAGCUUCCCCACCCCCCGCAUGUCUGUACCUUUCGGACCAGGCUCUAAUACCUCAGCAUCAUAGACAUCAGACCUCUUUCUUUUUUUAAAUGUCUCCUUUCUUGAGCACUUAGUCUCUCCUUUUGACUAUCUCAGGAUCGGGCCCAGAGCCCUGCCAGAGGUUGCUGGAAGCUGUCCCUCCUCCACCCCCAGCCCCUGGAAGCUCUGCUGCUCAUCCUCUCUCUCCUGGGACUUGACUGUCCUCAGGAGGGCUCCCUUCCCUCCGGCUCCUCCCCAGAGCCCUCCCUGCUAGAGUCUCAGGGGCGCAAGCACACAACUUUCAAGAAGCCACCAAGCCAUACAAAAAGUCUGGGAUGGCUUCUGGUCCUCAUCUUGGUUUUCUCUUCUUGUUUCUACCCCCGCCAGCCUUCCUCGGAGCUGGGAGGCUGCACCUGGCAUUGGCAGUGAGGAUUCUGAGCUCCCUGCAGCCCCCGCUUCCCAACAGAGGGGAUGUACUCUGACAUCUGUCCCACUGUUAAAUAAAAUGCCCCCCUGUUUGUCUCGAAAGCUAUGGGGUAGCCCUUGCCUCUCUCCUAUAUAGACACCAAAUUUCUGCCAGCCCUCCGUGCAUUUGUCAGGGACUAAGAAACUGUUUACUCCUCCCACGUGCUUUGUAGGCAUCAGUCUGCCAUGGGGGAAAAAAGUCUGUUUUGUUGUUUAGCUCAUUCUGUGUGCUUCGGGGCUAGCUCACGUGUUAUAACCAACUCUGGUGACAAGCCUGUAUUUUCUACAUCAAUUAAAUCUCUGCAGGCCCAUUUGCUACAA